AUGCAGCUCCACGAACACGCCAACAUCUCGUACGUGUCGGCCGGCGUCCGCUACCCGCUGCAGACGUUCGACCUCUAUGUGCCUCACUCGGACGACCCCGCGCCCCGUCCGCUGAUCUGCUUCGUCCACGGCGGUGCAUGGCGCUCCGAGGACAAGGCCGACCACGCCCAGCUCGCACGCCGCCUCGCCGCGCUCACCCGCUGCCCCGUCGCGGUGCCCAACUACCGCCUCACCACGCCCAUCACCCCGCUCUUCCACCCUUCCCACGCCGCCGACCUCCGCCGCUUCCUCGACUUCCUCCUCACCUGGCCCGGCCCCGGCCCCGCCGCCCGCGCGCCCCCCUACGACCCCGCCCGCCUCUACCUCCUCGCCCACAGCUGCUCCGCCCACAUGCUCUCCUCCAUCCUCCUCGCCCCCCCGCCCCGCUCCUCCGCCGCCUACCCCGUCCUCGCCCCUUCCCCCGCCCUCCUCGCCGCCACCCGCGCCGUCGUCCUCUCCGAGGGCCUCUACGACAUCGACCUGCUCCUCCACACCUUCCCCGCGUACAAGGACAGCUUCAUCAAAAAGACCUUCACCGACCGCGACUCGUACGCCCCCUUCAACACCGCCACAUACGCCCUCCGCCCCGGCGCUGCCCACAUCCGCUGGCUCAUCCUCCACUCCCCCAACGACUCCCUCGUCGACCGCGCCCAGAGCGAGGCCAUCUACGCCCACCUCCACGACCUCUACCAGGUCCAGGGCCAGGACCCCGCCCGCGCCGUGCAGCGCAACUGGGACGACCUCCAGGAGGAGCACAACGAGCUGCUCGCCGGCGAGGUCUACCCCGCCAUCGUCGCCAAUUUCAUCGCCGACGACGUGCAGAAGUGA